AUGCAAGCGCUCUCGAUCGGCCUCGCGGCGUCGGCGCUCUCUGCUGCGUCGUGCGUGGCGCGCACCUCGCGAUGUUGUUCGAUGAGCGCCGUGCCGGGGCUGCUCGCCGAGGCCACGGCGCAGCUCGCCGAGCGCGGCGUCGAGCUGCGGCUCGGAUCGACGGCGACGCCCGGUUCGCGCACGUCGUCGCGGAUCGCGGUGCGCGCCGGCCCCGAUGGCGCGGCGAUGGUCGGCAUGUUCAAGGCCGGGACGCACGAGGUGGUGCCGUGCGAGGCUGACGAGCGCUGCUACCUGCCGCACCAUCCGUUGAUCAACGACGCCGUCGCCGCCGUCGCCGGCGAGCUGCGAGCCUCCGCGGAGCUGAGCGCGUACGAUGAGAGCUCGCUGCGCGGCACGCUGCGCUACCUGCAGCUCAGCGUCGAGCGGUCGAGCGACACCGUGCAGCUCACGCUCGUCGCGAACGCGCCUUCACUCGCCGCCGAUCCCGCGCUCGCGCAGUUUGCGCUGCGCCUGUGGCGGCUGCGCGCGCCGCGGUGGCACUCGAUCUGGGUCAACCUGAAUCCGACGAGCGUCAACAACAUUCUGAGCUACGAGCCCGACGCGUGGCAGCUGCUGCACGCGCGCGACCCGCGAGGCCUCGGCGGCGGCGGCGGCGACGGCGACCGCGACGCCGGCCGCGAUGGCUGCCUGGUCGAGCGCUUCCCGUCGGGCGCAGCCUUUGUCCUACCGCCGUGGGUCUUCCGGCAGGCCAACCUGUACGCCUUCGACGCGAUCGUGGGCGCGCUGCGGCGGGCCGUGCCCGCGGGUAGCCGCGUAGUCGAGUGGUACGCCGGCGUCGGCGUCCUCGGCCUCUCGCUCGCGCCCUCCGUCGCGUGGGUGCGCUGCUCGGACCUCAACCCGCCGUACGCCGCCUUUGAGGCCUCGCGCGACCUGCUGCCCAAGGGCGAGCGUGCGCGCGUCACGUACGCCGUCGGCGGCGCCGCGGAGCGCCUCGACGACGCGCGCGGCGCCGACGUCGCCGUCGUCGACCCGCCGCGCAAGGGGCUCGACGACGCGCUGCUCGCCGCGCUCUGCGACGCGCGCGCCGACGGCCCGUGCGCGUCGCUCGGCACGCUCGCCUACAUCUCGUGCGGCUUCCCCGCGCUGGUGCGCGACGCGGACGCGCUGCUCGCGAGCGGCUGGCGCGUGCGGCGGCAGCGGGCAGAGGCCCACGUCCUCUUCCUCGGCGCCAACCACCUUGAGACCCUGUGCGUCUUCGAGCGCGAGGCGCCCGUCGGGCCGGAUGGGGCGAAGCAGGACGCCCAGGAGCCGCCCCGAAGCAGCGCCAACAGUAUUCAAAUUCCAUUAUAUGGAAGGCGAAGAACAGCCAGGCUUGCGCUUGGACUGGACACCAACGCGGUAUGCGUAUGGGUGGAAGCGCUCGCGGCGCAAAACGUGCUGCUCAAACAGCAGAUAGAGGCGCUGCGGCAGAUGCUGUGUGAUGCGUCUAUGUAA